UGUAUCAUGAUUUACGACUAUGCACUCGAAUUAACCAUGCCCCUAGGUUCGAAAGUACCGCCAACCAAUGGCGGAGCAAUUUAGUUUAUCAUCCAUCAUAGGUAUGAAACGAACUGAAACUUAUGAAAACUAAGCGUCUUUCCGAGAACAUUUGCACCCAUCCCAUAAUUUACAAAGUUUGCAGCUCACCAUAUUGUGUUUAUUUAAGAAAAUAUAUACAUACACACAAUAUGUGAGGGAACACAAUAACUAGCAUGUACGCCUAUGGAGUACCAGGAUUUUUUAGCAAAAUCAUACCAUUGGAAGCAUUUGACAUGCUCCCUCCCUUCGCAUUUUUUCAUUCCUGCAGUUGAGGUCGUCAGUUCCUGGUCGCCAGUUCACCUUCUCUGUCACAAGAGUACAAAGAGCAUGAGAUAAAACUGUGUGUAACAGCAAUUGAUAAACUGCCUAACAGUAAUUAAGUGGGUAUUUAUUUUAAAAAGGCAACAAUUCACUCUGUGCCAAAAAUCAACAACUACGUGUGCGUCUUGUCAUGGACAGUUCAACGAACUUGUUUGAAGUUCAUGAUAACAUUUUAGAACUCGUACUGAAUUUAUUAAAUUAUUCAUCAACAAGUUCUUUUUAUGAAGAUAUAAGAAAAAUUAGAGAAUGGAUUAUCAAACAACCACAUUUUCCAGAAGUAAUGGCCGACAAAAACAUCGAAAACUUUCUUAUUUUAAACAAAGGCAGCGUCGAAAAAUGUAAGGAAAAAAUAGAGAAUUACUACAGUGUAAGAACCCACUUAACAGAUAUAUAUGGAAAUAUUAAUCCCAAAUUACCUUACAUGGAAUAUACGUUGAAGGCAAUGUAUUUUGUUCCUCUUCCAAAACUUACAAAGGACUUCUACAGAGUGCUUUACCAUAAAAUACGAGAUACAUCCUUAACGAAAAAUUUGGAUUAUGAUGACGCUGUUCGCCUUUUAGUAAAUAUACAAGAACUUCGUAUGACGGAAGAUAUUACAUAUGGCGAUGUUGUUAUAAUGGACGGUCAAAAUACUCCCCCAAGUCUUCUGUUCAAAGCAAAACCAACAACUCUAUACAACGCACUAGUCGUUAUAUACAAGAAAGUUUUCUCGAAUCGUAUCAAAGCAGUUUACUUAAUAAACGCCCCUUCUUGUAUAGAAUGGUUUCUAACUGUUAUUAAGAAGAUUAUAAAACCCAAAAUAUUUGAGCGAAUACACAUAUGUGAAAACUGGAAUACAAUCUUUGAACAGAUCGGUGAGGAAAUUUUGCCGAGGGACUGUGGAGGUAAAGAAAAAUCUUUGGAAGAAUUACAAGAUAUCCUCGCUCAGGAAUUCAAAAAACACCAGCAGUACUUUGAUCAACUAGACACCCUUCGUGUCAACGAGGAACUGAGGCCUCAAAGGCUUGAAGAUAAUAACAUGUUCGGAUUUUUUGGAAAUUUUAAAAAAUUAGAAAUUGAUUAAAUUCAUAUUUGUUUCA